AAUCUUGUUCUACAACUUCCACCACUUGUCACCUAGAGUUAUUUCAAUCACAUUCAGAAGUAUAUAACGACUGAUAUAGUUACAACAAAUAUCAUUGCACGUAUUAGCAUUUCACAUCAACAUGUUUAGCAAAAUCGUAACUCUUUGCGCGCUGGUCGCUGCAUCAUCAGCCGGUCUCCUGCCAGCUCCGGCGCACUACUCCGCAGCUUCAGCAGUCUCCUCCCAGAGCAUCGUGCGUCAUGACCAGCCCGGUGCUCACGUGGCUCUCGCAGCCCCCGUCACCAAGCUAGCCCUCGCAGCCCCGGCAUACUCUGCUCCCGCCGUGUACCAUUCAGCACCAGCCCCAGUGGCCUACCACGCCUCACCAGUCCACUACGCCGCACCCAUCGCUAAGGUCGUCGCCCACCAAGAGGAGAUCGCCUACCCCAAGUACGAGUACAACUACUCAGUCGCCGACGGACACACCGGUGACAACAAGCAGCAACAAGAAGUCCGCGACGGUGACGUCGUGAAGGGAUCUUACUCCUUCCACGAGGCUGACGGCUCCAUCAGAACCGUGGAGUACUCCGCUGACGACCACAGCGGCUUCAACGCGGUUGUUCACAACACCGCCCCCACCGCCGCCCCCGUCGUCUACAAGGCCGCUCCCGUCUACGCUGCGCCCGUCGCCUACAAGGCUGCCCCAGUCUACGCUGCCCCAGUACACCAAUACUACCACUAAAAUGUUGUGAUAACCCUGUGAAAUGAUGUUGACUGCCUAUUUAUUGUAAAUAAAUGAUUUUUUAAUUUAUAUAA